AUGACCUGGGGGCAGAUCCAGAGGGCCAAACAGGAAAAAAGCAAUCUCCACGGGGUGUGGCUUGACCUUGUAAACGCUUAUGGAUCCGUCCCUCACAAACUCAUCCAGUUUGCAUUGGAGUUCUUCUACAUCCCUAAAUCCAUCAAUAACCUGGUAUGGACCUCAAGCUGUGUUUUAGCAUCCAGGACUUCACAUUGGGUGUUCCAUCUCCCCAGUCCUUUUUGUGGCGGCCUUUGAGAUCAUCCUCCGGGGAGCUCACCAGACCGUGGAAGAAAUAAAGCUGCAAACAGGACAGAGGCUUCCACCACUCCAAAGCUACAUGGAUGAUCACUCUGGUUCUGCAGACAGCCCCCUGCACAAGAAGAUGCCUGAAGUCGCUCGACGAGCUAGUGACGUGCAUGAAUGAAGAUAAACCUUCUAAGUCACGAAGACUCUCCCUAUGAAAAGGCACCAGGAACGACAACACCAUCUUUGUAGCAGGAGGCAAGCAAAUUCCGCUACCGGCCAACCAGCCCAUCCAAAGCCUAGGGAGGCAGUAUAAGGCAGAUCUGUCAGACAAGCACGCAGGCAAGGCAGUACGGAAGCAACUCUCUGAAGACCUGGCUCGCAUCAACAAAAGCCAGCUCCCCGGAAAAUUCAAAGUGUGGUGCUACAACUUCACACUGUACCAACGGAUAAUGUGGCCACCGAAGAUGUGUGAGAUUCCGUCCUCAAAAGUCAACGGGUUGGACAGGCUAACCAACUCAUACAUCAGGAAAUGGCUAGGCCUACUGCAUUGCUUCUCAGACAUAGGACUGUUUGGCGCAAAGUCACUGCAACUGCCCGUCCAGUCCAUCACCCUGGGCUACAAGCAGGAGAAGGCCAGAUUAGUCUUAAAGCUGAAAGAAUCCUCAGAUCCAACUGUAAGGAAGGCACUUGUCCCUACCCAAACAGGCCGGAAGUGGCAAGCAGGCCAAGAAGUCGCCAAAGCCAUCAGCAGGCUCCAACACCAGGAGAUAGUUGGCAGGGUGCAAGUAGGGGGAGUGGGGUUUGGCUGGGGAGAGUCUCCACGCCUCUGGUCCAAAGCUACAAAGAGGGAACGAAAGUUCCUCCUUCUACGAGGAACGGUCGUAGAAGAGGUGUCAAGGGCGGACAAGGAGCAGUACACCAUCAAGGCCUUGUCGUAA